AUGGAGGGGGAGCUCGGCCUGCUCGGGCACCACUCGCCGGCGGGGUCGUCCUGCGUCUCCUCCGAGGUCUUCGGGUCGCCGUUUCCUGCGUCGCCGCGGGAGAAGCUGCUCGACUCUUCCCCCUCGUCGUGCGUCUCCGACGGCCGCAGCAAGGGAGGCCGACCCAGCUCGCCCACACGGAGGUCAUCAUCACCGACGGGGAAGGCGCUCGACUCGCCCGCGUCCUGCGUCUCCGACGGCCGCUACGUCUCGCCGCUGCGCGUGUCAGCGGAGCAGGCGCGCGAGGCGCGCGAGGCGGAGAUGCUCCUGCGCGCGAUCGCCGAGCGCUACGACGACUGCUUCCUGCGCCUGCGCGACGCCACGGCCGAGGUGGCUGAGCUCCGCCUCGAGCGCCUCCAUCUCCGAGCGGAGAACGUGCAGCUCUCGCUCCUCCUCGAGGAGCUCGAGGCCAAUCAGGGGAAUCUGGCGUACGCGGCGGCGCCGCCGCAGGGCGAGGCAGAGGCGCAGCGCCUCCGUGUUCGUCCACCUCCACCGAUUGAGGAGGCAGCGGAGGACGAGGCGCAGGGUGAUGGGGAAGUGGAGGUGGAGGCGUACAGGCAGGGCACGCACAAGACGGAGCUGUGCAACAAGUGGGAGCAAGGCGCCUGUCCCUACGCCGACCGGUGCCGGUUCGCGCACGGCCUGCACGAGAUGCGCCCCGUCAUCCGCCACCCGCGCUACAAGACCCAACCCUGCCAGAUGUUCGUCGCCGCCUCCGGCUGCCCCUACGGCCACCGCUGCCACUUCCGCCACUCCCCAGCGCCCGCCAUGGAGUCCUACUAG